AUGGCGAACUCCUGCGACGUAUUGGCGAAUUGUCAAGUCGUCCAGGACAUUGUGAACGAUGUGAGUGGACAGCAUGCCGACGAUGCCACAUGGGUUUUGACGAGCAGCUUUGUAAUCUUGACAAUGCAAAGCGGCUUUGGAAUGUUGGAGCUGGGAUGUGCUGCACGGGGUCACGAAGUAAAUAUCAUGCUCAAGAACGUCUACGACGUGGUCUUCGGCGCGGCUGCCUAUUACCUGCUGGGAUAUGGUAUUUCUUACGGUUAUCCCUCAAACGCUUUCAUGGGUCUGGGUGGCUUUAUCAUGGACACUUCCACCGACACCUUUGAGAUGCAGGUGCAGUCGGGCCUGAGAUUCAGCAGCUACAUAUUUCAAUUUAGUUUCGCUGCCACCUCCACGACCAUCGUCAGUGGUUGUCUGGCAAUGCGCUGUCGCUUUGCAGUGUACUGCCUCUACUCUUUCUACGCUGUAGUUGUCUAUGCCUUCGUGGCACACUGGGUAUGGUCUGAGACUGGCUGGCUGGCACAGCUGGGCGUCCACGACUUCGCAGGAAGUGGCCCAGUGCACUUGUUGGGGGCAGUGAACGGACUGAUCGGCAUUAUAUGUAUGGGGCCGAGACAGGGCCGGUUUGAUGGUACGAGGCCGGCACAGGACUUUACUCCUUCGUCUCCUCCAAGCAUCCUGAUCGGCCUCUUCAUGCUCUGGUGGGGUUGGAUUGGCUUCAACUGCGGUAGCUCCUUCGGCAUCACAAACAACAAGUGGAUCGUGGCCACAAGGGCCGGGGUCGCCACUAUCAACUCCACGGCAGGCGGCGGCAUCGCCGCACUCAUCUACACCAAGAUGAAGAGCAGAUGUCAGUACAUCCGUGCUGAGGAAGUGGCCAAUGGCAUCCUUGGUUCCCUCGUCGCGAUCACCGCCCCCUGUGCCUGUGUGCACCCACCCGCCACUCGGAUUUAG